UUUCUCCGCUGCGCGCUUGGCAUGAUAAUCGAGUUAGCAGACUAUUUCUGAACAAGAAGAAAUUCAGAUGGCUGGAAGCGGAAAGGCAAAAACAGUUCUGUAUUUAUUCCUCGUCUGGGUAAUUUAUCUGAUUAUUGGAAUGUUUGUGUUCAGAGCUAUUGAACGUACUGAGAAUGAGAACAAAGCACAAGAGGACGCCAAGAAGCAGUCCUUGGACUCAAUUAAAGACAAUGUGACGACUAAGUACAACAUGAGUGGAGCAGAGUUUGAUAUCAUUGUACAGCAGAUUGAAACAGCUUCAUCGGAUUCCAGUGGUGGACCAGAAUGGAGCUAUACCGAAUCACUUUCUUUUGUGAUUCAAUUGGCGACAACAAUUGGUAAGUAGGACAACUUCGUUUGAUUGUUUUGUUUGUUUUCAUAGCUAAACUUAACUGAACGAUAACUGGUCAAUCGUCACAGCAAGUAAAACGUUUCUCACCAGUUUGAAACAACUCGAACGCUUCCAUUCCUCUCGGUCGUGUUGCUCGAUCUUCAUUUUUGCCACAGUAAGAGCAAGAUCGUUUGAUCGUGAUACGCGAGUGUCGUCAUUUGUCAUUUUGGAAUGUUUGGAAAAGUAAUCUUUGAAAUCAUCGAUUCCCUUCACUACCUUCAACAAAGAAUGAAUUUCUCCUUUCAAGAUCAAUACAUUUCAAGCAAAGAAGUCAUGAAAAAAGAGAAUAAUAUCUAAGACAAGAUAUUUCCUUUAACUUUUCUACUCUUCAUAAUUUCACAUAAACCCUUCAAGUCACGCAAUUCCAGCUGUUCUCAAGGAUGUCACGCUUUUCUUAGCGGGAGUUGUUGCGUGAUAAUAAUACUUGCAAGCAAGGCGCACGGGAGUUGACGUCACUUCAACAGCGUUUUCCUUAGAUACGACUCUGCAUCAUUUCUAAUAAUAUCCGGUAUACAAAAACGAAUACUGCCGUUUAUCAUUUCAGUUAUUUCAUAUUUUGUUCUCUUUCAAGGUUAUGGUAACAUCACACCAGUGACAACAGGUGGCCGAGUACUUUGCAUAAUCUUCGCCCUCAUUGGUAUCCCGAUCAACAUCAUAUUCCUGCAGUUACUUGGAGAAAGAAUGCUUCGCGGCGAGCAUUUUCUCAUCAUGAAAUUCGAAAAAGGCUGCCUGAAGCGAGAGGGAGCGCCAAAAUUUAUGAAUGAAAAAUGCUCUUUCGUGGGUAUUCUACUGUUGCUGAUUAUAUUAUUUGCAGGCGCCGGGAGUCAAAUUGAGAUGGAAAACUGGACAUUUUUUGAAGGUUUCUAUGCUUACUUUAUAACUUUUACAACAGUAGGCUUUGGUGAUCUGAUCCCAGGGUCAAUGGCUGGUGGUUCUCCAACGGCAAAGCAUGUGCUUACCAUCUUCUUUAUCCUCAUGGGUUUGGCGGCCAUGUCGAAUGUGAUCAAUGGACUUGUGAAUUGCACCGAGAGUAUGGAAUUGUUCCGGAGAUUGGGCGCGCGCUGCGGUAAAAAGAGAAGUGUGGAUAUUUCUGAAACGCCAAAAACUAAUGAAAUGGAGUUAAAUGAGAACUAUGCUCCAGAAACGAUUUGA